AUGGAGCAUGUAAACACAAACACUCCGCCACUGGAAGACGACAUCCCUAUAGUCACGGGCCGAAAAGCUGCCUAUUCACUUCGGCUCUUUCGCGGCGACGGACAGCCUGAAGAAGAGUGGCAGAAACCUCCUUCUACCGACUUGGAUCAAGAUUCGCCUACCCGCCAACUUGAACCCGUGUCAUCAGCAACUUAUUUUCCGCACACCCCCAUUAAGGAGAGCGAUGUCAAGCAUGACUAUGUUCUUGGCCCUGACAAUCUCCAGCACUUAACAGCUGACGUAGAGUUUGACCAUGGGACCCACGGUGAUAUUACAAAAAUACACAAACAUGUGCCUGAUUCCAAAACUGGCUCCGCGGCUACACAAGAAUCUGUUGUUUCUGUCACAGACCGCCCAAACUCUCUUCUGUAUCCAUUAUCAGUCGAGCUACGACCUUUCCGGAACAAAGUUGGCGGUCAUACGGCCAUUUUUCGUUUCAGCAAAAAAGCUGUGUGCAAAGCUCUUAUGAAUCGUGAAAAUCUUUGGUACGAGGCGAUUGAGCGGCGCCAUCUUGCGCUUCUCCGUUUUAUGCCCAAGUACAUUGGCGUGCUCAACGUGAGAUACUCAAGUAUUGUGGAUGAGGGACUGGUUUCCCGACUGGAUCAGGAACAAGAACUUGAACACGAACAGCAUGAAAGGGCACUGUCGUCCAAAGAGGGGUUGCCGAUGCAGAAAACACGACGCCCAUCUUUUCCAGACUACAAGGGCGUACACGAUCCCCCACCUAAAGUGUCAUUGGAUGACAACAGGCAUAUUAUUCCGGACCUCUUGUGGAAGCGUUACUCAAAUAGUGCGCCCAGUACAUUUGAACAACUCUCUCUUCUGCCUCAUACACACGACUCAGACCUCGACUAUGGCUCCACGUCAGUGAACACUGAUUUGCAAGCACAAGUAAUACUGGAAGUCUUUACUCCAAGAGAUUGGAGUUUUGACCGGGCAGAUGCCAUCUUUGAGAUGGACGAUGAAAAUGGAACCAGACAAGAAACUAAAAAGGGCUCGGUUUUGCGUAAACAUACACGCUUUGAACGUUUUAUUCUCUUAGAAGACUUGACUGCAGACCUUCAAAAACCAUGUGCUUUAGAUUUGAAAAUGGGUACGCGCCAAUAUGGUGUCGAAGCAAGUGAUAAGAAACAACAGUCACAACGGAAAAAAUGCAACGCAACUACCUCACGCGAGCUAGGUGUCCGUAUGUGCGGCUUACAAGUUUGGGACCAGACCAAAAGCAAAUACUUUAUGCGUGACAAGUAUUUUGGCCGGGAGUUGAAAAGCGGGAAACCAUUCGCCAAGAUUUUAGCCAAGUUCUUGUACGAUGGACGCACAAUAUUGUCCGUGGUAUGUAAGUUACAGCACAUCGUGGAGCAGUUGGAGGAACUAUUCAUUAACUUCGAAGAACUAAAAGGUUACAGAAUGUAUGGCUCAUCCAUUUUACUUACGUACGAUGGCGCCUCUUCGCCACUUACUGCGCUGGUGAGGGUACACAUUAUUGAUUUUGCCCAAAGUGUGAUUGCCGACGAUGCUCAUACCGCAAAUUACAGAAAGCCGCCCCAACAUCCGGAACUUCCCGACAUGGGCUACCUUCGAGGACUCAAAUCAUUAAUUCGUUACUUCAAAGCCAUCUUCGAGAUCCUCACGGGAACCAAUUACGACCAAGUGGAUGACAAAGAUGCAUUCUUGAAACAAAACCAUGAGCGGCUAGACGUACCGUGCUACUGGAUUGGCACAUACCCCGACAAGGACACCGAUAUUGAAAAUAAUGACGGCUCGGAUCCGUUCGAGCGUGUCUACAAAUCUGAUGACGAUGACGAGACAGGGAUUUCAGAUUAG